AUGGCGGACGUGGAGAUGAAAGAGGCCUCCGCCGGUGCUUCUGCCAAGGGCAAGACCGUCUCCAAGGGCUCUGACAGUGCCGCUGAUGGCAAGAAGAAGUUCGAAGUGAAGAAGGUACCUAACAACAAACACCUCCAGAGCUCCAUCGCAGAGCCUCCGCUGACCACCAUCUAUUUAGUGGAACGCCGUGGCGCUAUGGGCGUGGGAUAUCGUGGUGGACAACUGUGCCAUCUGCCGCAACCAUAUCAUGGACUUGUACCGCUCGCUGCUAACUCACACUCACCAGGCAUCGAAUGUCAAGCCAACCAAGGCUCAUCAACGACGGAGGAGUGCACCGUCGCCUGGGGAAUCUGCAAUCACGCCUUCCACUUCCACUGCAUCUCACGAUGGCUGAAGACCCGUCAAGUCUGUCCCUUGGACAACCGGGACUGGGAGUUCCAGAAAUACGGCCGGUAA